AUGGCGACAAGCGCACGGAACUCACUUGACGAAAUGUUCUGUUAUUUUCUACUUGAUUACAAAUUACUACCUCAGAACUGCAUCGUUCCAUCGUUUUCUGAUCACACCCUGCAGUCCACAGCUCCACUGAUACAACGCUGUGUGGUGGUCACCCGUCAGGUGGAUGGCUACGGCCUCACCGUAACAGGCGAUCACCCAGUAUUUGUUCAUACUGUUAAGCCGGAUGGUGCCGCAUUCCGAGCUGGUGUUCGGCAGGGUGACAAAAUACUGAAAGUCAAUGGCAUGCCAGUUACUGCAUCCAAUCAUCUCGAGGUGGUCCGCAUGAUUUCCGGUAUGCGCCUUGCCGGUUGUACUUUUUUUUUCUAUGCUGGCUCAUAA